AUAGAAAAAUGUAUAAAAGUAUUUGUAAAAUCGGUAUAGUUUUAAGUGCGAUAAAAAUUGUUAUGAGCUUCAAUACUCACAGUGCAUAUUCUAAUGUACAAGAAGAUAUUCCCGAUAAUAUAAAUAUGAGACCAUUUGUUAAAGUAGGCAAAAAAUAUUACUAUUUUGGGCAAUCUAAGGUUACUUGGUACAAUGCCUACACGAUUUGUCGAACUAUGGGUGGUCUACUGGCCUCUUAUGAAACUGCACAGGAAUUAGCAGAACUAUCUAAAUAUUUGAUAUCAAAAUAUUCAACAAAAUUUAAUUCUUGGUUAGCCGCCUCUGAUCAAGAUACCGAGGGUCAGUGGAUUUGGUAUAAUAAUGGUGAAACUAUAACUUAUGCUGAGUGGGCUCCAGGUCAACCGGAUAAUUGGAAUGGUAAUGAAAAUUGUGCGCAUUUGCUGAGUAGAGAUGGAAGAUAUGUGUUAAAUGAUGUACAUUGUGGAUUGCGUAAUUAUUAUAUUUGUGAAGCUGAUAAACCUAAAAUGGCAUCUAUUGGCAUAUACUAGGUCCUAUUCCUAUUUAUUGGUAAAUAUGCUGAAAAUAUACACAAACGUUGGAGUGAUUGAUACUUCUUAUUAGUGAUAUACAUUUGUAUGUAUUACCUGGCCUUUUCAGAUCUGUAAAUGAAUCAUAAAAUAAUUUGAAAUAUACUUUUGUAUGCACAUUGAAAUUGUGAGUCACCAAA